CCCGAGAGCCAAGGACAGGCUCGGGGAACUCCAGCUGCAGGAGGAGAAGCAGCUGCGGACGUUUUACACAGCAUCAUGGAACGCAGCCUCCCCUCCCCGCCUCCCCGGGACAGCGGGCCCCUGAGGAGGGGUCCCCGGGAAUGCCUCUGCAGGGCCUGGUAGAGCAAGAGCAGAAGAGAAUGCUGAAGCCCGAGCCCGGCUUGCCGCCUGAGAAGGGAAGAUGUCUCAUUAUCAUUUUAUCAAGUGCUGUUGCUUUCAGCUAUGCAGCGUUUUCCGAUCCCAUGACAUGGAAAUUGACCAGUGCCUGCUGGAGUCCGUUCCCCUGGGACAGCGCCAGCGCCUGGUGAGACGUAUGCGCUGUGAGCAGAUCAAGGCCUACUACGAGAGGGAGCGGGCACUGCUCGGGCAGGAAGGGCUGCCCCGGCCGAAGCAUGGCAAGCGCCAGAGGGUCCACUUCCACCUCACGGACAUGCUGCAGGACGCCAUUGUCCACCAUGAUGACAAGGAAGUGCUGAGGCUGCUGAAAGAAGGCGCUGACCCACACAGCCUCACCUGCUCCGGAGGGUCUCUGCUGCAUCUGUGUGCCCGCUAUGACAAUGCCUUCAUCGCCGAGGUUCUCAUCGACAAGGGGCUCGACGUCAACCACCAGGAUGAAGACUGUUGGACCCCAAUGCACAUCGCCUGUGCCUGUGAUAACCCUGAUGUUGUCUUACUGCUUAUCUUAGCGGGAGCCAAUGUCCUGCUGCAGGACGUGAAUGGGAACGUCCCGUUGGAUUAUGCCGUGGAGGGGACAGAAUCGAGCGCCAUCCUGCUGCUCUAUCUAGAGGAGAACGGAGUGACGCUGGACUCUCUGCACCAGAUGAAGCUGCAGACACCAAUGAGGAUGUUGACCGACGUCACACACUUCCUGUCGUGUGGAGGAAACGUGAAUGAGAAAAACGAUGAAGGAGUUACCCUGUUACACAUGGCAUGUGCGGGAGGCCACCAGGAGGUGGUGUUUCUGCUCCUGGACCAUGGUGUGGACCCCAAUGUGGCAGAUGAUCAGUACUGGACGCCUCUCCACUUGGCAGCUAAAUAUGGCCAGACCAACCUGGUGAAGCUUCUUUUGAUGCAUCAGGCAAAUCCAACUCUUCGGAACUGCAAUGAAGAGAAGGCCUCAGAUAUCGCUGCCUCGGAGUUCAUAGAGGAGAUGCUGCUCAAAGCAGAGCUGGCCUGGGAGGAGAAGAUGGACGAGCCUCUGCCUGCUUCUGCCUUGGCCCAAGAGGAAACGUAUGAAGAGAUCAUCCACCAUCUCCCAGUGUUUGCCAAUAAGCUAAGCCCCCUGGUGCUACCCAUCGCCAAGCAAGACAGCCUGUUGGAGAAGGACAUUAUGUUCAAAGACACAACGAAAGGGGUCUGCCCCCGGCCAGCUCAGGACAGUGCCCCCCACACGCCCACAGACUCCAUCCACAGCAUCCCUGAGCAGGUCAAGCUGAUGCCACCUGCCCCCAGCGACAACCUGGCCACGCUCAGCCAGCUCACGGACUCCAGCCUGCUCUAUGAGAUCCAGAAGCGCUUCGGCAAUGACCAGAUCUAUACAUUUAUUGGAGAUAUCCUCCUGCUUGUGAACCCGUUCAAAGAACUUCCGAUUUAUUCUCCUGUGGUCUCUCAGCUCUACAGAAACGACUCGGGGAAACCCUGCUCUGCUCUGCCCCCCCACAUUUUUUCCUGCACUGAGAAAGCUUUCCACCAGCUGUUCCAGGAGAGAAGAGCCCAGUGCUUUGUCCUCAGUGGAGAACGGGGAUCAGGCAAGUCUGAGGCCUGUUCCCACAUCCUGAGCCACCUGAGCUGCGGGGCCCGGCCCAGCACCCUGGACACCAGCCUCAAGCAUGCCACCUGCAUCCUGGAAGCCUUCAGCAAUGCCAGGACUGCGCUCAACCGCUCUGCCAGCUGCUGCGUCAAGUACUGGGAAGUUCAAUUCUGCAAGAGGAGGAGACGGGCCAUGGGGGCCAGAAUUCAGACAUAUAUGCUCGAGAAAUCCCGGCUCGUCUCACGGCCCCUGGGCCAGAGCAAUUUCCUCGUUUUCUCCCUGUUGACAGAUGGGCUCUCUGCUGAGGAAAAGCGAGGGCUACACCUCAGCAAUUCAGGUGCACACCGGUACCUGGAGCGGAGCCGGCCAGAAGACGGGACCCCCGCACAGCUCAGCCUCCACCGCCAGCGGCUGUUGGCUCUCAAACAGGCCCUGAGCACUGUGGGCUUCACGAACCUGGAAACAGAGAAUCUGUUUAUGAUUCUGGCCGCGACACUGCACCUCGGAGAUCUCCGCUUCUCGGCAGGGUGCGAGCAGGGCUGGGCCUCGGUGACUGACCUCCAGCUGCUGGACCAAGUGGCUGGAAUGUUGCAGGUCUCCUCGGGUGAGCUGGCGUCUGCCCUAACCACUGAUUUCCAGUAUAUCAAAGGGGACAUUCUCACGAAGCACCUCACCAUCGAGAAGGCCGAGUGCUCCCGGGACCUUCUUGCCAAGUCCCUGUAUGGCCGCUUGUUCGGCUUCUUGGUGAACGCCAUCAACUGUUCCCUCCAGGGCCAGGCGGAGACCAGCAGCGCACAGACAUGGGACAUCGGAGUGUUGGACAUCUUCGGGUUUGAAGAGUUCCAGACGAAUGAGUUUGAGCAACUCUGUGUCAACGUGACCAACGAGAAGGUGCAUCACUACAUCAAGCGAGUGCUUUUCCUCCAGGAGCAAACAGACUGUGUACAAGAGGGAGUCGCCAUGGAAACGGCUUAUUCUCCUGGAAACCAGAUCGGAGUUUUAGAUUUCUUCUUCCAGAAACCAUCUGGAUUUUUCUCUCUCCUCGAUGAAGAAAGUGAAGAGCUCUGGUCCAGGGAGGCCACCCUCCCAGCAAAGCUGCAGAACCUGCUAGAAUCUUCCAACACCCAGGCCGUCUACUCACCACUAAAGGAUGGAAAUGGGAACAUGGCUGCCCGGGAGCCCUGCACGGCCUUCACGGUCCUGCACUAUGCAGGGAGGGUCACCUAUGAUGUCCUGGGAGGUGUCGACAAAAACAAAGAGGCGCUUCCCCAGAGCCUCCUGUCGGUGAUGAAAACCAGCGAGAAUGUCGUGAUCCGGCACCUGUUCCAGUCGAAACUGUCCCCAACUGGAUCCCUCGUGUCCUGCUCACCAGCCUGGAAAUCCAGAGGCCAGAAGUCUGUUCUGCUCAAUAAAAAGGCAACAGUGCCACUCACCGUGGGUGAGAGCAGGAACCACCUAGAACUCAGCCAGAUGAUUAAGAAGAAGGAAAGCACCACCUUCCUUCAGAGGCUGGACCGGACCGGGCCAGCAACCGUGAUAUCCCAGCUCAGAAAAUCUCUGGAGGACAUCCUGGGGCGGCUUCUGACAUGCACCCCGCAUUUCAUCCACUGCAUCAAGCCUAACAGCUCCCAGCGACCCAACGCCUUCGACGACUCCUACGUGUCUGCUCAGCUGCAGUACGUCGGGGUCCUGGAGCUGGUGAAACUCAGCCGAUAUGGGUACCCGGUCCGCCUGGCCUUCCCGGACUUCUUGGAGAGGUACCAGCCCUUGGCCAGCCUGUACGUGGGAGAGAUGACGCCGCCGUCCACGCCCCGAGAUGCCUGCCAGCUCCUUCUCCAGCGCUGCAAGCUGCAGGGUUGGCAGAUGGGAGCCACCAAGGUGUUCCUGAGACUCGGGCAUGCGGAGCAGUUGGGCGCACUGAGCUGGCAACUACAGGCAAAGGCUGUCACCUGCCAGAGAGUGAUCCGAGGGUUUCUGGCUCGCCGGCGCUUGCUUCACAGAAGGACCAGCAGGCACCAGGAGGCCAUGUCCGUGCACAGCUUCCUGCAGGCCACAGAGGACCUGGGGCUAAGAACCUACGAUGCCCUGGUCCUCCAGAAUGCUUCCGACAUGGCCCGCGAAGACCAACGGCUUGGCAACGCCACGAGCACGGCCCUGCACAAGGAGAGGCUGGAGUCCAGGCUGGUGCCCGAGGAGGGAGGCAGACGAGCUGAAGACAAGAGUGCCCCAAGGCCAGUGCUCACGGGGCCCUUGCCCUUGGCCGUGGACAGCCUGCUGCAGUCGCUGGAGGCCCCUUCCUGCCGCUCUCUGUCCCUGCACUCCGUGGCCAGCCUGGACGACAGCGCGGGGUUCCCAUCGCCCCGCAGACAGCCCCCACCCAAGCCCCGGAGGGACCCCAGCACCAGGCUCAGCGCCUCCUAUGAGGCCGUGAGUGCCUGUCUCUGGGCCGCCAAGGACUCCAGCCACGAAGUUCUCACGCGCCCACGGCCACACAGCGAUGACUACAGCACCAUGAAGAAGGUUCCACCCCGCAAGCCCGAGAGGAGCCCCCACACCAAGCUCAGCGGAUCCUCCGAGGAGAUCUCGGGCCCCCGGGUACCCAGACCCCGGGGCAGUGCUCCAGGAGCCCUAGGCCCCAUGUCUGGGGCACCUCGGACCCCCACGCCCCGAGCAUCACCCGCCCAAGAGGACACAGAGCCCGUGUACAUUGAGAUGCUGGGACGAGCCUGCAGCCCCGAGCCCGCAGACACAGAGGCUGUGUAUGAGGAGAUGAAGUACUUGGUGCCCCCUGACAGUGCUCCCGGGCCAGGCAUGCUCGGGGGCCCCCUGUCCCCUCUCUCGGGGGACACCCGGAGCACCCUGUCCCUGGAGGAAGCCGGGCUCAGCCUGGUGUCUGCAGCUGCUGCUGGCAGAGACGCAUGGGACAUCCCGGCCCCCUUCCCCAACCUGCUGCCGCACCGGCCCCCACUGCUGGUCUUCCCUCCCACACCUGUCACCUGCUCCCCCGCCUCCGAUGAGUCCCCCUUGACGCCCCUGGAGGUGAAGAAGCUGCCGGUGCUGGAGACAAACCUCAAGUACCCAGUGUCCUCCGAGGGCUCCAGCCCGCUCUCUCCACAGUGCUCCAAGCACCACAAAGGGGACGGCGACAGGCCCGUGUCCCCUGGACUGGUGGUUCCCGAGGGGGCGCCCCCAGCCUCCCCACCACCCUCGCCACUGCCACCACCGCCACCCGCACCCCCUGCACUCCCCGCCGCCCCCUGGCCACCUGCGUACUUCGCCUUCGUACCCGAUGGCACCGCCAGCCCCGAGAUGCCCAAAGUGCCCCCCAAGCCCUGCCCUGCCCCAGCUGGGGGGCCCUGCAGCUCCUUCUCCAGAAUCCCAGCCUCCCCAGGGAAGGCAGCCCGGGCAGAGCCCCGGAGGGCCAACUCCAGCCCCUCCCCAGGGCCCUACAGCACAUCCAACUUCAGGCCCAUCAACAGCCCCUUGGCUGAGCUCACCAGCCUCUUCAACUCGGGGAGGAGUGUCCUCCGGAAAUCAGCGGCGGGCACCAGGAUCCGGGAGCCGGAGGGUUAUGAGACAAACAUGAACCUAAGUAGCCACUCUGAGCCGGGGCCUUCAGAGUUGAUGUCGGGGACACAGGACCGGAACGCCAACCACCACCGAGGGCCUGCCCUAUCUGACACGCUGUGUGAGGCCAUUGCUGUGGAGAAUGGGAACUCCGUGGCCAACGGUUCCCUGGAGGAGGGCAGGUGUCCCAGGGUGAUUGGCAGCAGCCCUGUAAUGACGUCGUUCCAGAAACACAGAGAGAGCCCCACGGCCCAGGUCAUCCAGCAGCUGCGUCUGUCAGAGGAUGAGAGCCUGGCCCUACGGGAACUGCUGGACUGGCGGCGAAAGCUGUGUGAGCAGAGCGAGGACUGGUCCCCCGCACCCCGCGCACCCCCGCCUCCGCCCUGCAAGAAGCCGGCACUGCUCAAGAAGCCUGAAGGGCCCCCCUGUGGCCGUCUGCCCCCCGGGUUCUGGGACUCCAGUAGCUGAGGGUCCCCCACCCAUACUCACACUGCCACCAGGCAGGCAGCCUGGACACAAGGUGCUCCUUGACCACAGCUCCCGUGACAAAGCACAGGACAAAACAUGUGUGUGUGUGUGUGUGUGUGUGUGUGUGAUAAACCAUAGGACAAAA